CCAGCGCGGCGGCGGCGGCGAUGGCGGCGCGGGGCCGGUGCCCCGAGUGCGGGUCGGGGUCGCUGGUGGAGGACGCGCACUACGCGCAGCAGCAGCUGGUCUGCGCCGCCUGCGGCUGCGUCCUGUCCGAGGGGCUCCUCACCACCACCUACACCGACGAGGAGCAUCUGCGGGAGGUCGCCUAUUCCCAGAGCACCGGCCAGAAGGAGCAGCUGAGCCGCUGCCUGCAGCGAGGGAUCCGGCGGGUCCAGGACCUCUGCAAGGUGCUGCAGCUCCCGGCCGUGUUCGAGGACACGGCCGUGUCCUACUUCCAGAGGGCUCUGCAGCUCCCCGCCUUCCACCUGGUCAGCCUGGAGAAGAAGGAGCUGCUGGGGGGCUGCUGCGUGUUCGUGGCGUGCCGCCAGCACCGCUGGCCCCUGACCAUGGGCACCGUGUGCUCCCUGCUCUACGCCAGGCAGGAGCUCUUCGCCAGCGUCUUCCUGAGCCUGCAGAGGGAGCUGGGGCUCUCGGUGCCCGCCCUGAGCCUGGCAGACCUGGUGACAACGCACCUGAACAGCUUCCGGCUGGUGCAGCCCACGGCCAGCGUCCCCGCGCCCUUCCUGGAGGACAAGGAGCAGCUGCUGGCCCGGACCAUGGCCAUAGUGGAGCUGGCCAGCGAGACGUGGCUGGUGACCGGCCGGCACCCCGUGCCCGUGGUCACGGCCGCGGCGUUCCUGGCCUGGCAGUCGCUGCGGCCCGGCCCGCGCCUCUGCUGCCCCUUGGCGCGGUUCUGCCGCCUGGCGGGGGUGGACCUGCCCCCCCCGGCCCACCUCAGGCUCAGGGAGCUGCUGGAGAUCCUGCUGGGAAUGGCCUCCCAGCUCUCCUGGCUGCGCGGCUUCCGCUUGGACAAGAGAACGGUGGUGAAGCACAUCGGGGACCUGCUGCAGCACCGGCUGCUCCUGCUCAAACGCGCCUUCAGCCAGCAGGACGGGCAGGGCCAGCAGGACACGGCCCCGGGCCAGGGCUCUGGGAGCCAGGGCUCCCUGGACAAGGGCUCUGGGAGCCAGGGCUCCCUGGACAAGGGCUCUGGGAGCCAGGGCUCCCUGGACAGGGGCUCUGGGAGCCAGGGCUCCCUGGACAGGGGCUCUGGGAGCCAGGGCUCCCUGGACAAGGGCUCUGGGAGCCAGGGCUCCCUGGACAAGGGCUCUGGGAGCCAGGGCUCCCUGGAUAAGGGCUCUGGGAGCCAGGGCUCCCUGGACAGGGGCUCUGGGAACCAGGGCUCCCUGGAUAAGGGCUCUGGGAGCCAGGGCUGCCCUGGCCAAGACUCUGGGAGCCAGGGCUCCCUGGACAAGGGCUCUGGGAGCCAGGGCUGCCCAGGCCAGGGCUCUGGGAGCCAGGGCUCCCUGGAUAAGGAGUCUGUGAGCCAGGGCUCCCUGGAUAAGGACUCUGUGAAUAAAGACUCCCCAGGCCAGGGGUGCCCAGGCCAGGGCUCUGGGAGCCAGGGGUGCCCAGGCCAGGACUCUGUCAGCCCAGGCUCCCUGGAUAAGGACUCCCCAGGCCAGGACUCCCCGAGCCAGGGCUGCCCAGGCAAGGACUCUGUGAGCCCAGGCUCCCCAGAUAAGGACUCCCUGGAUAAGGGCUCCCCAGGCCAGGGGUGCCCAGGGCAGGCCCCCCCCAGCUCUCCUGCGGUGGCACAGCGGCAGGGCUGUCCCUGGGCAGGGAAGCAGCAGCGUGGGGGCAGCCUGAGGCCGCUGCUCCCUCCCUGCCUCAUCCACCCCAGGAAGAGGCCGCGGCCGGCAGCUCCGAGCGCUCCGGCCGUGGCCCUCACGGGCGACGAGCCCAUCUCGGACAGCGAGAUCGAGCAGUACCUGCGGAGCCCCGAGGAGAUCCGGGCCUUCAGGAAGGCCAAGGCCUGGCCCUGAGGGUGGCCGUGGCCCAGAGGGACGGUUUUGGGACCAGAAGCGUGGAGCCCACCAGGGACAGAGUGGUUGUGCUGCAGGGACAGUCGCCCAGGGAAUGAGGCUGUGGGGAAGGGGCAGGCUGGGUCCUCCUUAAUGUGCUGGACCAAAAUGGGCUUUUUAUGGAGUGACUGCUUCAGGUCGUGUUACGUUUCUGUUAAAAGUAAAUAAAAGUGCAGGUGCCAAGUUU